ACACAUAUUUGUCCAGAGAUAGGUCGACGGGACUUUUUCCGUUCGGACGGAAUGGCUCGAACACACCAAAUGGAUAGGCAGUUUGUGAUUUACAAACAUGAUUGAACAGAAAACAAGACAGACACAGCAUGAACGAAAUCCGAAAGACCAAAAGGCGACGACCACCAUAGAGUCCACAAUGGAGAACGAAGAUAAGAAUAAGUCAAGUUGAUGAAAUGAGGUGGGAUGGCCCGAAAUGGGUAGCGCAAGGGACCGGGAGGUCGGGGAACGAAAGCGAUAAUGUGCGUGGGAGGGAUGCUAUUCAGAGCGAGCGGUGUGAUCUAUUGUGAAAGGAAGCAAGAGAGAUGUCAGCUUCACAGGUUACAUGAAAGGAUAAAGGGAGCACGUACCACUUCCACAUCAUGCAAAAACGGAGAUUGCCAUUCAAACAACAACACAACCGCUGGAACCUCCUCCAGAACCGUCCAUGUCGACGGGCUCAAUGGUCUCGAUGCGGAUGUCCUCCUUUGCGGUCUGAGCGGAGGUGAAGAAGUAGGAGGUGAUAGCAGUGAAGGAAUCCAUGGAUACGAUGGGGAAGGUGUCGAUGAAAGACUUUGGAAAGGUUUGAGUGGGGAACUUGUUUUAAGUGCUUUGGUCAGGCUACCGUGCUUAUGCUGGAACCUGAGGAGAAAGCUGGUAAAGCCGUCCACAAGCGCACCUCUUAUACGCCAUGGCGGUCGUUGGGCGGAGUUGAUUUCUCAAGUUGAAGCCAAAUAUGGAAAGUCUGAGCAUCCUCUACUUCAGUUCUACCUCCGCAUGUACUCAUCAUCGGAUAUGUGCCUUAUGAACUCAUGAAUGGGUAUUGUCGGGUUAGUGCAAAUAUGAACACAAUGUCUCUGUUCGGCUUUGUCUCCGAUAGGCACGUACCUCCGCAAGGACUGGGUGUGUGCUCCACCGAUACUAAAGUGAACUCUCCGCAC